UCUAGAGAAAAACCGCGAAAAGGAGGAUACAGCGCGGAUUAAGACACCGGUGCUUGUCGCAGUUUUGGUAAUUGUGUGACACUGACAGGUUCGGUAAUCGGAAGACGUUCUUUGUGUAAAAUGGCAACUCCAGAAACAGAAGGACCAACAGAUGUUGCUAGGGUAGAAGAACAGCCUGAAGAAGAUACUGAUGAUCUAACCUUACCUCCGUCUAAUGAUGACAACAAGGAAUAUGACACAAAGCUGGAAACGGAUCGAGCCAAGAGGUUUGACUACUUGCUUCAGCAAACUGAAAUUUUCUCCCAUUUUAUGGCAAGUGGCACUCUUGGCAAAACAGGGGGUUCACCACUGAAGGUCAAACCAGGACGACCCAGAAAGAAACCUGAUGAAAAAGCUAAGCUGUCUGCUGUUGGAGAGAAGUGUCUUGUGGAAGCCGAAGCAGCCGGGUGGUGUUUGAAUACCCAUCGCCACCGAAUGACCGAACAAGAAGAAGACGAAGAACUGUUGUCAGAAAGCAGAAGAAGUGCCAUCACUGUCACAAGAUUUGAACAGUCUCCGACAUAUAUCAAAACUGGUGAGUUGAGGGAUUACCAGGUCCGAGGACUCAACUGGAUGAUAUCACUGUAUGAACAUGGCAUUAAUGGAAUAUUAGCUGAUGAAAUGGGUUUAGGUAAAACUUUACAAACUAUCUCCCUCUUCGGCUACAUGAAACACUAUCGGAAUGUCAACGGACCUCACAUGGUGAUUGUUCCCAAGUCAACCUUGGCCAACUGGAAGAAUGAGUUUAAAAGGUGGUGCCCAAGCCUAAAGGCCGUCUGUCUGAUCGGAGACCAAGAAACGAGGGCUGCUUUAAUACGUGAUACUCUGAUGCCAGGAGAAUGGGACGUCUGCGUGACGUCCUACGAGAUGGUUAUUAGAGAGAAGGCAGUUUUAAAAAAGUUUAAUUGGAGAUAUUUGGUAAUUGACGAAGCCCACCGAAUCAAGAAUGAGAAAUCCAAACUUUCAGAAAUUGUUCGAGAGUUUAAAUCAACCAACAGGCUGCUCUUAACGGGAACGCCGUUACAGAAUAAUCUUCACGAGCUGUGGGCUUUACUCAACUUCCUGCUGCCUGAUGUGUUUAACUCCUCCGAGGAUUUUGAUGCGUGGUUUAACACUAGCAACUGCUUGGGAGACACAAGCCUUGUUGAAAGAUUACAUGCUGUACUAAGACCCUUCCUGUUACGUCGACUGAAGUCUGAAGUGGAAAAAAAAUUGAAACCAAAAAAAGAGGUUAAAAUCUAUGUUGGUCUGAGCAAGAUGCAGAGAGAAUGGUACACGAGAGUAUUGAUGAAAGACAUUGACGUAGUGAAUGGUGCUGGGAAGGUUGACAAGAUGCGACUUUUAAACAUUCUAAUGCAACUUCGAAAGUGUUGUAAUCAUCCUUAUCUUUUUGAUGGAGCUGAACCAGGACCACCUUACACUACAGAUGAACACUUGGUGUACAACUGUGGCAAACUGGUCAUCCUUGACAAGUUACUUCCAAGGUUACGGGAACAAGGAUCUCGUGUGCUGAUUUUCUCUCAGAUGACACGCAUGUUGGACAUUCUUGAGGACUACUGUCUGUGGCGGGGAUAUAUGUAUUGUCGUCUAGAUGGGCAGACCCCACAUGAAGAUAGAGAGGUAUGUAAGUACGGGACAUUAUCUGCCGAUGUCUAG